AUGGAGGAUGCCAUCGAAGAAAUUGGUGGAGGAGACGAAAUUGUACCCCUCAGAGAUCCACUCUCACUGAGUCCUAUUGAAAUACCUGCAAAGGGAAAAUAUUGUGUACACAAGUCAUGCUUUGAUUUAGCUGGAUAUUUAGAUUUUGGACAGGCUUCAAAGACGUAUAAUUGUCCCAGGUGUGAUAAACCUCUUCCAUUUUCUGAAUUAAUCAUAGAUCGCCAUAUGCAAAAGAUAAUAUCUGAAGUGGGACGUAAUGUGGAAAAGGUACUCGUUAAGGAUGAUGGUAGCUUCACCAUUUGUGACGAUGCUCCAAAGAAGAAAGUUUCGAAUGUUGUCAAUAUGGCACAAGUUAUAGCAGAAAUAGAUGAAGAUGAAGGAAACAAAUCUCCACCUUUUCUCUCGUUUGGAACCUCAUCACCCCCUUUCUCCUCGACUCCACCAAGCCAUGGAUUAUCAAGCAACAACAUGUCAACAAAUUCCUCCUCAAGUUCAAAUCGUUUAUCUACAGGUAUUACAAUAGAUGAUGCAAUUGAAAUUGACUAA